UUAUGCAUCUAUUAUAGUGGGAACGGGUUGUUGCGCACAUGGUAGUUACCCGGACAGUUCUACGUGAAGCUCCCUUGGUCCCAUCUUGGCUACAUUGUAAUCAGAGCGGAGAGCAAAGAGAGCUUGUUCAUAUUACAGCUGCUGUUUCAGCGGUUUCUGUGGUGAUGGACCCUCCCGGCGGGCGAGACGAGCGUCAUCGUCAGGCGGAGCGGCUUCGACGGGAGGAGGCAUACUACCACUUCAUUAAUGAACUUAGUGAGGAGGAGUAUAGACUAAUGAGAGACAGCAACCUACUGGGAACACCUGGUGAAGUCACAGCAGAGGAGCUGAGGCAGCGGUUGGAUGGUGCAAAGGAGCGUGUGUCAUCUCAGCCACACCCUGAACCACGCCCACAAAACAGUGAGGCAGAGGGCAGCAGCGGUGCUGUUGAGUCAGGUCCCGAGACAUCCAAUGGGGAUUCCCUGCUGGAGUGGUUGAACACAUUUCGUCGCACAGGAAAUGCCACCCGAAGCGGGCAGAGCGGAAACCAAACUUGGCGUGCUGUCAGCCGUACAAACCCCAACAGUGGCGAGUUUCGCUUCAGCCUCGAGAUUAACAUCAACCACGAGCAGCCUGAACCCGGAGAACACAGUGACACGGCCGAUCCCACUGAACUCCCGAUGCCUCCUCCCCCACCAUCAUCAUCUGCCCCUGUACCUGCGACCCCAUACAACCCAUCAAGGUCUGCACCGUAUUCACUUCAACAACCGACGCCAUAUUCCACAACCAGACCCACUUUGGGAAGAAGGCCUGCAGUGCGACGCACCCGUAGUAGCACGGCUCCCCCCGUAACGCCCCCUCUGACCUCACAAGCUCCUCCCACAGCUCUGAGAACGACCCUUCCUUCUUUGCCAAGCUCUGCCCCUCCGCAUGCACCACUUUCACAACCGUCACAAGAGCAGGAUAGUGGUGCAGUAAGGAGUCAAAUACAGGUCACAACCUCCUCUGUUAAUGCAAGGGAGGGGCAGAAUGGAAAUGAAGACCCAGACUGCCCCAACGCUCAGCCUGGUCCCCAGGUAGCGCCAGCCGGCCGGGAGCCACGAAACAGUAGGACUCGUUCACGUGGCCGCGUGCGCAGAGCAGCAGGGGCAGGAGGAGCUUUAUCUCGCUCCUCAAGACGCAGCCGAUCCCCCCUAGACAGAAAUCCCACUUCUACUGUUAGCCCCACCCAUAGUAACAACACUACCCCAGUGGAGUCCGGUGAAAGUACGGCGGUUGCUAUGGAGAUGGGCGAGGCUGUUGUAGAGCCAGCUGCUCCAGCAGAUCCUCUUCCCGAAGCAGGUGAGGAAGAGGGGGAAACACCUGUAUCAGGUGGCGGAGGGGUGCGGCGCCACCCAACGAUCAUGCUGGACCUCCAGGUCCGGCGUAUCAGGCCAGGGGAGAACCGUGACAGGGACAGCAUCGCCAGUCGCACUCGUUCCCGGGCGAGGGCUGCCGAGAACACGGUAACAUUUGAGAGCGACAGCGGUGGCUUUCGCCGAACCAUCUCCCGCUCCGAGCGUGCAGGAAUUCGCACCUACGUCAGCACUAUCCGCAUUCCGUUACGACGCAUUUCGGAAACAGGCCUGGGUGAGCCCAGCUCGACAGCACUGCGGUCCAUCUUGCGCCAGAUCAUGACCGGCUUCGGUGAGCUCAGCUCCCUCAUGGAGACGGAAGCUGAUUCAGAGACUCCUACGCCCACCCAGGACCCUGCCUCCGUCACUGGAGCCCAAGCGCUUCGUGUCAAUGGCACUGAGGGAGGUGCGACCCACGGUGGAGUGGAAUCGGCACCACAAGGUUUAGCUGAGGCUGAAGAGGAAGGCCAGGUACGAGUGAACAGGACUGGGCCAGAGGGACGGCCUAGCAGCAGAGACACUAACAACCUGGUCGAGAACGGCACAUUGCCCAUCCUUAGGCUGGCGCACUUUUUCCUUCUCAAUGAAGAUGAAGAUGAGGAACACCCGCGGGGCCUAACCAAAGAACAGAUCGACAAUCUGGUCACACGCACUUACGGUCAGGUCAACCUGGAGGGCGAGCAGGGCCGCGCUUGCAGCGUCUGCAUCAAUGAGUACGCUCAGGGCAACAAGCUGCGCCGCUUGCCCUGCGCCCACGAGUUCCACAUCCACUGCAUUGACCGCUGGCUAUCCGAAAACAACACCUGCCCCAUAUGCAGGCAACCUAUUUUGUCCAGCCACCAAGAAUGAUGUCAGGGGCUCACUGUCGAUUAACAAACUGAAGGACUGACAUUACCAUUGGUGGUGUCUGUACAUAGCGCUUCAAUGUUUUCAUUCUCUGAGAUCCAUUGUAUUCAAGCUAAAGGUAGAAACCAAAAGCAGAAAAAGACUUUAAUGCAGAGAUUUAACAAAGCUUUAUUUUUUUAGACCCCCUUUGUUUUCUGCACUUGUUGUCAUUUUCCUCUUCUUCGAAUCUCUCUCCAUUAUGCUUUGUGGACAUUUUAUUAACAGACAAGUGAGACUAAUACUGAAGCAGUUAGGGUGUUAGCUUCACCUAAUACUGUGUCAGAUAUAAAUUGAAGCUGAUUUUAGUGGCUUCAAAAAGGAAGACCUUUAAGGACAUGUAAAUAUAUGAAUGUCUGUGUUUUUUUGGUUUUAACAUUAAGACGUUGGCUGUGUCCGAAACCGCCUACUUCCAUACUAUAUAGAAGGAAAAAGCAGGCGAGGCGAGUAGUAUGUCUGAAUUCAUUCAUAGUAUUCAAAAAACAGUUCUCUCUAUGGACACUUUGCUAUCCUGUGAUCCCCAGAAGAGAACUUAUCCAGCGAAGAAGAAGACAGAGGGGCAUUGUUUUAUUCAAAAAUGCCUGAAAGCGUUAACACAGCUCUAUUCAAAUGCAAAAACAGCUGACCCUUGUAUUUAAAUUGCGCUUGUUUAAUGUCAUUCCAGUUAACGACUAACUUGUUAUGAUGACGAUGUAUCAACAUGGCAAAUGUAUUAGGUCCGAAUUCAUUCAUACUAUCCAUAUUCAUACUAUAUAGUACUGUUUUAAUGGUCAGAGUAGGUACUUCAUCUAAUUCGGUAACUACUGUCACAGUAUGCGAUUUCGGACACAGCCAUACUCUAGGAAGGAACCUAAGAUCCUUGGUUAGUUAGCAUUUUCAAAAGGAAUGUUUACUUUUAAGCGCUUGCUGCACAAUUCACAAGUUUGAAGCUCUUACGAAAUCCCCCACGUAAAUGCUCUUAAUGUUGGGCAACUCUCUUUUUAAUGCGUCUUCAAUCAAAGCAGGUUUUAGUGUAAUUUGAAUGAGUUCGAUAAGCAGUGUAUGGGAUAUAUCUGGUCAUCAUUUUUGUCACUGUGGUUUGAGAUUUUAUGCAAUUCCAGUAACUUAAUUUGCAUAUUUAUUUUAAGGGAAACAGCAAUGGUCAUCUCUGUCAACACUAAAUUACACAGACUCAGUCAUUAGUAGGGUCAUUGUCACUAUGGACUGAAUAUGCUUACCCGAGUGUCAUUACAUUUCUGAUGAGAACAAGCCAUUUGAAUUUGAACUAGAGUGAAAUGGGAUUAUGUGAUAUUGUAUGAUCUAAGUGCAUGCUUGAUUUGUCUUUGGCUUACCUGCUUAUAUACACACGAUGAAGCCCUUAAAUUCCCACCACACAGUUCAUAAUGUUUUAAUGUCUAUUGAUAAGAUAAUCAGUUUAUCCGAAAGCACUUGUCACCGGCUGCCAUAUAGGGCUUGUCACUGUUCAGACUUCAUCCAGGUUGAUGUAAUGAAAUGAAAAGUUUCAUGGGCAAUGAAAACAAAUGAAUAGUGAUUAAAUAUUAAACAUACCCAUGUUUAUUAUUUAAGAUUUUUUACUUUGUAUCUCACAUACACGCAUCACAAUCCUCUUCUAUUGAACGUACAAUGGUUUCCCUUGUGGGAUUGGUUUCCUCCAAGCCUUCGUUUUAUAUUCUUCAUGCAUUAUUUCCAGGGUGUGAAAUCGAGUUUCUGAAUGAAAGAUAAUGAAUGUAGUUGUACUUUUAAUUUGUUAAAGGUGCACUUUUCCUCAUAUACAAUAGACGUCUGCUUAUGUUUCAGGACCUCAGCUAAAACAAAUACAGGGUGACUUCUGUUAUCAAACAUCUGUGCUUCAUGUUUGUGUUAUUCUUGUAUACUAAAAUAUCCCUUUAUUUUGUCUGUGUGUCGCGAGGGAGGUGUAUGUCAAAUGCAAAGUGUGAAUUGUAUGUAUGUGUGUAGUAAAUGUGUAUGUAUAUUUCUGUUGCGAGAGAAUGGUUUUUGAGAUGUUCUUCUUUAUAUGAAUAAGGGGGAUCUUUGGCCAUGAAGUUUAGAUAUUUAAUGAUGUAAAACUGACAUCAUUGAGCUAUGACUAUGUAUUGUUAUAAUGUGAUGCUAAGAACAGAAGAAUAUGUAUUCUGGUAUUAUGUAAUGUAAUAAAACAUAGAUUUUUCUUCUC